UGUCCGGAUGAACACUUGUUCCGUGUCAACUGUCAUACACGUUAAUGUUUUGAUUGAUCCCGUUCAUUGAUCAGCCAAGACAAGUUUUCACCACAGAAAAAUAUUUUUGACCCUUGAACUAGUGAUACUUAUACAAAGAUCAAUACACGAAACAACUGUUGCACAAUUCUUAUAAAGUUUUACGAGUUUGUAUGCAGUUUACUUUACAAGAUUGGAUUCAAUAGCAUACCUGGAUUACACACCUGGACGGGCAGGUAAUGUACAUAUUAUCAGAUAAACCAUUAGCAUGAUCACACGCCUAAAGGUAAAUGAUUCGUAACAAGAAACUCCCGUCAUAACAUCAGAUAACACACGAAAAAGCCAUCGCCCUAGACAUAUAACGCCUACGAUGGAUUCUGAUCAAAAUGAUGAAAUAAUUAAGCUUAAACAACAAUUAGUGGAAAAAGAUCAAGAAUUGUCAAAACUUCGUGAGGAGAAAGAUUUAUUAGAAGAAAGUCUUGAGGAAACAGAAGAAACUGUAAAGGAGGCCCGCACAGGUUUUCAAAAACGCAUAGAUGAAUUGACAAAUGAUAUAGAGGAAAAGGAUGAACAAAUAGAUACAUUGACAGGGGAGGUAACUCAGUUAAAGAAAAACAAUCAGACACAGGAUAAUUCGCCGGAAGUUGUAAAUUCUCUGAAAGAGCAACUUCUGUUAAAAGAUGAAACGGUUAGUGAAAUAAGAGAAAAACUGCAUAAAGGGGGAAUGACCAUAAAUAAUCUUCACAUGGAAAUAGGUGAUCUAAAGGAUAAUCUGUCGUCUGCAAAAGAUUCUAUUACAUCGAAGUCAGAAAAAAUAAAAGAGAUGAGAGACGAAAAUUCUCAGCUGAAAUCAUCUAUGUCAGAAUUGCAAAGUAAACUUGACAAUCUCCAAACGAUACCUGAAGGUUCUGAAAUUUCUGUAGAUAAUGAAGGAGGUAAAGUGCAAAUGGAGGUUUUAAAGAAAGAAAUGACUCGAAAGAAUGAAGAUUUGAUGUCUUUGAGAAUACAGCUUGAGAAAUGCCAGAAACAGUUAAAUGACAUUAGCAAAAGUCCUAAGUCUACCGAACCUGAUGAAAACCAACAUUCCACCAAUGACCCGACCAAAGAUCAUGAUGAAAUGACGCAAGAGAAAUCCAAAAUUAAAGACCUUGAACUACAGUUAGAAAAGGCCCAGUCCGACAACAUUAAAAUUUUGAUUGGAUUUGCGUUAUUAGUACUAGUGAUCGCAGUCUUAUUAGCAAAAUUAAUUUAUUAGAGAUGUGUGUAUAACAUUGAAAUCAGUAUUAAAUAUGGCCGAGUUUAAAGUCAGUCGUCGUCAAUAUUGAAAAAUUACCGUCUCCUCAAGUUUUUUUUAAAUAUCUAGCCAAUUUAAAUCAAAUAUUAUCUCCUUAUAACUAAAUUUUCCACUGAAAUAAUUUCCUUAUUAUUUGAUUUGAAUUUUCAAAAAUAAAUAUUUGUUAACAUUAACAUACAGUCGUGUAUGUUAUUUAUGUUUAGAGUAAUGGUUUACAUGGUGACCAUUUCAUUAUGUGGUUAAAGGAGGGACAAGUUGAAUUUUUGGAAAUAAGAUGGAAAUUGAAACUGAUCAUCAACAAAAUUUCCCUCAAAAAGCGACAAAUGUCCGAGCAUUUAUUUCACACCAUGAAGGGCACAAUUUUUAACCAUAAUUAUAUUGUAAUUUUUAUUUAGCUUUUUUUUUUCAUUUACAAAUUAAUCCAUUUCGGUGGCAGGUUUCCAUCGAUGAAAAAAGUUGCAUUAUUGUUUUAAAAUUGUCAGCAAUGUGAAGCAUUGAAAAAGUAUAUAGUAAAUAAAAUUAUAUAUUAUAUAUAAUUAAUGAUAAUAUUAUAGAUUGCACUGAAUUAUUUUAUGAUGUAUAGAGAAUAGUUGAAAAAUUAUUUAUACAUAUACAUUUGAAUACUGUAACUCUUUACUACUAGUAUAGAAAAAAAAAACAGUUGGUUUCGCCCACUUUCUUCUGAAGGAAACACAUGUAGUUAAUUUUUGUCUUACCGCUUUAUUGCACGAAAGCAUGGCUCUGAUGAUGUGGGAGAUAUUGUUACAACACCACCCAUCUAUUUUGAUUUUGUUUAAGUAACGUUAAUUUCUUUUCAUAAAGUUACAAAACUAGAUCAUGUCUAGUUAUUAAGCGGACCAUUCACUGCAGAAAUCCCUAUUGCAUUAUGGGAACGUCGAUGUUUUGUACGUUUUGAUUGGUCUGAAUGUCAUUAACGAGGACACUGAAACUACGCAACAUAAUUAUAAAGAGCUCGGGACGGAAGUUUAAAUUCUGAAUUGUUCUGUACAGUUUAAUUUUCACAUUUGGAAAAAAAACUUGAAUUUUAAAUAUGUUGGUACAGAUGCCAUUAUUCUGCCAAACAUAAAUAAUUAGUGAUAUGUGUGUGAAACUCUCACAUAUACCUAUCUUCUCUAUACUUUUAAGUAACAUUUUUUUGAAAACAAGAAAACAAACUUUUGGUUUGACAAAAAAGGUCUCUCGUCAUAUUUAAAGUCUUAUAAUCAUGUGGGAGAGGGUAAAACAAUGUUUUGGUUGGCUUAAUGGCGUCAAUGUUUUGUUGGACGUCACUAUAUUGCCUUAUGUCGAUGCUUUUUACGCCUUUCGAUUGCUCUAUGAUUAUUGCCUAUGACUUGCCACUGAAAAAAAUGCAUUUUCCAUUAUGCCUGAUCAUGAACCAUAAUUGAAUUUUAGCAUUUUCGGUCAGUUGUAAUUCAAUGUAGGAUGAAAAAACUGGAUCGGCAACUACAAUGUGUUUUUCACAAAGAGUUUUUAUUAUCCACAACAACAUGUAGAGCAUGUCAGUAAGGAUCAUACGACAAAUGGUAACUUUCGAUGGUGUAUUUUUACUACUUGUAGCCAUACUCAUCCAUACAAUUUUAUAUCAAGUUUUGCAAGGCAUGAAUGAGGGUAGGAAUUCCCUUUACUGUCAGGCGUCAAACGGUCAUUUUCGGCUACCGUUAGCGUCAAAUUGGUUAAAAAAUUUUCGUGAUUCGUCAAAAUAUCCUUAUCGUGAUUCGUCAGAGGUCUCAAAUAAUUAACCGUUACCGUUAUUUUUGGAAAGAAUUUAACGUGAUUCGUCAAAAUCAGUCGAUUAUUUUACCGUCAUAAAAAAAGUGUACAUUUUAUCGUCAUGCACCAAAAAUUUCCGUUAACGUCAUUUUGCAAAUUUUUUUACCGUUAUUCGUCAUGAAGGUACCCUUAUUACGACCCUCAUGAAUUAUAGUUCCUGUUUGUGUACAUUCCAAAGUAUCCGCGAGUAUAAGUUGAGUUUCGAUAUUUUGUCUCAUGAAAUUAUCUGUACUAUGAAGAGAUCAGUAAAACUUAUCGGUCAAAAAUUAAAAACAACACUUUAUAAAUUUCAUUCGUCUGAAGCGCUUUUCAUGAUUGGGUCCUCAAUGCUCUUCAACUUUGUACUUGUCUGGCUUUCUAACUAUUUUGAUCUGAGCAUCACUGAUGAGUCUUAUGUAUACGAAACACGCGUCUGGCGUAUCAAGUUAUCAGCCGGGUACCUUUGAUAACUAUUUAUUUUCACCGGGAACGCUCCGGCAAAGCCGAAUAUUUGAAAGCCAGGAUUGUAUAAGAACCGAGUCAACAUUAUCCUCCAAAAGCAGCUUCUGUUACACAAAUACUGAAAAUAUUAACUCGAAUAAUUCUUCACUUUUGUCGACAUGACAAGGAAUUUCAGAAAUGUCGGUUUUAUCUUCAGUUGAUGGUUGGCAUUAUUGACAUAUCAAAUUGAAUUUAGAAGCUCAUUACAAAAUUAAUGGAGAUGAUGUGUGUGUGUAUAAAGGGUUAGGUGGAUGCUCGGAUUUCAUUUUAAUUUUUUUUAAUUAUUUUUAAAUAUAUAUAAUUGCAAGAAAUUUAACAUAAAUAUUGCUUAAAUGAUGAAAAAUAUAUGAAACCGAAAAGAGGACAAGAGUCUGAAAAUUAACUUCUAAGGUAUGAAAUUAAAAAUUGACACCAGAAAUCGUAUUCUUCCAUAUAUCAUGUACACCCAAUGUUUUCAUAUAUAUUAUAGAAUUUAUUCAAAUGAUUGACAUUAUUUCAUUUUAUUUCCUUUUCAUAUUAUUUAUGUAUCAAUAUUAAUUUCAUUAAAUUAAUAUCAAAACUUG